GAGGCGACGACGAGGAAUGAACAAGGGAGCGGCGAGCCAGGCCAAAGCGAAGCAAAGCUGCCGCUGCCGCUGCCGUCCACGCACUGCUCACCUUCUCCGACAGCGCCCCUCUUCCACUUCUUCCCCGUUCGCUGGCCACUCCUUUUCCCUCCCGCGCGUCGCCUCGUUUUCUUUUCCGUCGAUGGACUUGUUGGGUUCACGGCCAAAAUUUUUUCAUGCCAAAAAAUUGGUAAGUAAAUAUUGGAUAAAAAAAUUGUCUUCGAUUUGGCAAGUUGAAUAUGAAAAAUCUACAGGUUUUGAUAGCGAACUAAAUGGCAACCAAAAUUAUAGCUUAGUAUAUUUUAGAAGCCAAGCAAACAGGUCCGAAGUCAAUCGGCCGGGGUGUUUUCUCUAGAGUUUACUGGUCCGAGAAAGGAUGCCGCGGGUUUCAUUUUUUUUCCGUUCUUUAUUUGGAAUUUUUUGACGAUUGAAAAAAAAGCAAGAAGCAAAUAAAUCCGUGCCGUCUCGUGUGAGCAUUCAUGGCUUGCGAGAGCGGGUCUCUUUCGGCAGGGAAUCUGGGUGAACCUAUCCGUUCAGUGCUCAUCAGGUUUGCUGACACGCUGUGCGAGACUGUGACGGUGCGGUGCGGACCCUGGAGUGAGCAGCGUGGAGGCAGGACGUCUGCACGGCGGUGGGGGCACGUGUCCCGUCGCUCAUGCGGACACCUCACUCCCUCCCGCACCGAGUCAUAUGAUGGUGCCGUUUGGUUCAGCUUCUGGCCGGAUUCUGGCCGCCAGAAGCCGAAGCGGCUCUCAAACGCCUAAAUUCUUGAUCCGCUUUUGCGCGCCGCGCUUCGACGAGAAGCCAGACGCCUACGCGACGCCAUAAGCCGACCUCACGCCGCGUCCGCAGAAAGCCGCUCACAUUUGCCUAGGGUUCGCAACCCGCACGCUCUCGUCCCCGACGCAACUCGCCGCCGCCGCUCUCCUCCCCGUCACAUCCCCCGCGCUCGUCCUUGGCCGAAAGCCGACCUCAUUCGCGACGCCCGCGGCGCUCGUCCUAUCCCCCAUCGCAUAUCUCGCCGCCGCGCUCGUCGUCUUCGCAGGGGUUUGACCGCGGAUCGUCAAGCUGCGAGUCGUGCCAACAGCGCCUCUCGUCGUCUUCGCAGAUUUUCCCAUCAACUCGGUCCUUCCUGUUCGGUUCCAAGAUCCCCUGAAGGAAAGAUGGAUUCAACAGACUCCAUAGCCGACAAGGCAAUUGGAAGGAUGCAAGAGAUUGCGGACAAGAUAUUUUCCGUAGCUCGUGAAACAAUCCGUCCAGGACGCGGGUUGACCUCAUUUGAGGCUACCAAAUUACGUGUAGCAUUGGAGGACAUUGCUUGCAUGCUUGAGCAAGACUCUCUGGUGUUGCAAGAGAAUUUGGACAACGUGAACAACGUAAACAACCCUGGUGAAAGCAGCUACGAACCGUCAGCCUUGUCCUCACCACCCCCUGCUGACGAGUUCCUUAGUCCGGAUUGGGACUUUGCUGAGCACUUCGAAAACUUCUGGGGUCUUGAAUAUGACUCCGACCAAAUGCCAUCGUUUAGUGACAAUGAAGUUUAAGUUGGAUAAUGUUAGAGUCAGGUGUUAGUGUGACUGGGAUAGAUCAGGCUUUUGGUCCUUGCGACUUUCUAAACUGUUCCUUGUGCUUAUGUGUUCAGCAGCACUUUUAUUUCGUCAGUCCCUAUAUGUAAUUAUGGCAAACGAAUGUGAGUGCUUAUGGUACUACUUUUAUUAUGGUC